GAAGGAAGGAAGGAAGAAGGCUUUGGAAAGUCUCUAAAGCUGUCCUCCAAAAGGAAUAGAUACAACUCUAAAUCGGCUGAAAUGGCCUCCGUCCGAGAAGUGUCUGGGAUUACUGAAGACCUACUCUGCCCAGUCUGCCUCUCCAUCUUCCAGGACCCUCGGAUGCUGGUUUGUGGCCACAAUUUCUGCCUUUCUUGCUUGGAGAGCUGUGUCCUUGCCAAGGGGCAGCUUCAGGGAACGUGCCCUGAGUGCCGAGAUCCCUUUGACCUCCAAGAUGCUGUUCACAACCGUGUCUUGGCCAACUUGUCUGAGAAAGCCCGGCUCCUCAAGUUGGAGGCAGGGUGCCAAUCUGGUGUGACUGGGAGCUGGCAUAUUUGUGAAGAACAUGAGGAGCCCCUCAAACUCUUCUGCAGCCAGGAUGAGGCCCCAGUCUGCGUGAUCUGCAGGGAUCUACCUCAGCAUCAAGGGCACAACUUUUUGCCUAUCAAGAAUGCUGUGAACAGUUAUCGGGAGAAACUGAAGGCAUCUCUGGGGCCUCUGAAGGAUCAGGUGAAGUGGGCCACAAAUCAUCAGUCCUAUCAACAGGAGAAAAAGGAAGAACUUGAGGAGCUAACUCAAAAUCUGUAUGGCUUGAUCUUCAUUGCAUUUGAAGAACUACGGGAAAUCCUGAAUGAGAGAGAGCAAAACAUGAUGGAAGCUGUGAAACAGAUGAAGGAAGACAACCUAGCAGCCAUGGAAAGGAAUGUGGAGUAUUUGAAGGAACAUGAGUCAUCCCACGAAGAGUCAAUUUCCAGCAUCCAAGCUGCCUUGGAGGAACCCAAUGAAUUUGCUUUCCUGAAGGAAACUAAGGAGCUAAUGGUGAGGUGAGUGUCUUGAGUUUAGUUCU